AUGGUCUUUGAGCUCACUUCGCCGUACGCGUAUCACAGUUCUUUGCCGAAGUGCGUAAUUCGCAUUGACGACAAUUGGUACGAUUGCACGUCCUGGCGAAACUCGCACCCCGGGGGUGCGCAGAUGUGUGAUGAGUUCCAUGGAAAGGAUGCCACAGAUGCGUUCUACUCGCUGCACUCGGUGGAGGCGAUUCAGAAGCUGAAGCGUAUGAAGGCACUGCCGCUCAAGGAGGGCGAUGGACCUCGCGAUCAGGUGUCGCUGAACUUUGAGAAGCUCGUCCAGCAGUUGCGAAGUGAGGGAUGGUUUGAGCGGAGGUGGAUUAUCGACUUUUCACGGAAUAUUAUUCCUGUCAUCGUGCUCUACGUUGUGGGAACGUACCUGAGCUACUCACGUCCUUUCAUGGCCGUGAUUCUUAUCGGACUGGGCAUGCAGCAGGGUGGCUGGCUAGCGCAUGAUUUCACGCACGCCCGCGGCAAGUUUGCCCGCUUCCUCGCCACCACGCUCGGAGGCAUGCUCAACGCCUUCUCGGUGGAGUGGUGGUCAAAUAAGCACAACACUCAUCAUAUUUUUGUGAAUCGAAAAGGCAUGGACGCUGAUAUCCACAACGAGCCUGCCCUGUUCCUCUGGGUACCGGAUGUGUCCGAGGACUUUGCGUGCCGCCGCUAUCAGCACACCUUCUACCUUGCCGCGUACUCCCUUCUCUACGUUUCGUGGCGGAUGCAGUCGCUGCGCUUUGCAGUGAGUAGCGGCAAUAGGCUGGAGCUCUCGCUGAUGGCGCUUAACUACCUGUGGUUGGCGCUGUUGCCGUGGAAGGUUUCCUUGGGCAGCGUGCUCCUUGGCGGUUUCUGUGUCGCUGUGGUGGUGACGUCGAACCACCAGACAGAGGAGAUGAUCGAGCGUGACGAGCCGUACAACUACGUUGUCGAUCAACAUCGCGCCACCCGCGGUGUCCACUGCUCCAACCCCUUCUUUGAGUGGUUCUUUGGGGGUAUGCAAUACCAGCUGGAGCAUCACCUUUUCCCGAUGGUUCCCCGCUACCGUUACCCGAAGCUGCGACGUAUUCUGCGCAAGUUCGCCGAGGAUAAUGGGCUGCCGUUCCACGUUGAAGGAGUCUGGAAGAUCACCAAGAUGAACUUUGAUGUCUUGUACCGCGUCGCCACGAAGCCUGCUGUGAAUUCAGUGGAGGCUAGGAAACGUAAGUAG